UCGAUCAGACAGAAAUCAGCCAAAAUGUUCAAGUUUGUGAUGAUCCUCGCCGUUGUGGGAGUGGCCACCGCCCUGGCCCCAGUGUCCCGCUCAGAUGAUGUCCACGCCGAUGUGGUUUCCCGGUCGGAGGACGUCCGCGCCGACGGAUUCGAUGCCAGUCUGCACACCUCCAACGGAAUCGAGCAGUCCGCCAGCGGAGAUGUCCAUGGCAACAUCCACGGCAACUUCGCAUGGAUCUCCCCCGAGGGCGAGCACGUGGAUAUCAAGUACGUGGCCGAUGAGAACGGCUACCAGCCCUCGGGCGCCUGGAUCCCCACCCCUCCCCCAAUCCCAGAGGCCAUCGCCCGCGCCCUCGCCUGGCUGGAGUCCCACCCCCAGGCCCCCGAGCAUCCCCGUCAUCACUAA